CCCCGCUUCACUUCUCUUGGUUUCAUACUCCUCGCCCUUGUUUGCGCUCGCUGCCUCUUACAAUAGAUGCGUAUCGAAACUCUCCAGUAGCUCAACCGACUGCCCCACCAACGAUUCAGACACGAAGUCCUAACCCAACCUCGUCAUUUCACGGAUUCCCCCGAACUCUAUUUUCCGCUUCGGAAGGAAUUAAAGACGAUAAGCAAGACACACACACACACACACACACACACACACACAAAAUGGACGCAGCAUCCCAAGGCGACGCCGCCUGCACCGAAUCCGAUUACCCCCGCGCCCUCCUUCACUACACCACCGCCCUUCUCGCCUUCCCCCGCUCCCCGGCCUACUACAUCAAACGCUCGACCGCCUUCUCGCGGCUGAAACCUGCCGACUCGCUCGCGGCGCUACGGGAUGCCGAGGUCGCGGUGCUCUUGGCCCGGGAACGCGGCAAGCGGGAGCUGAUCCUCGCGGCGCAAAUGCGGCGCGGGGUGGCGCUGUUCCAGCUGGGCCGGUUCGGGGAUGCGGGGCUCGUGUUCGGACUGGUUGACGCGAAGGUGAACGGGACUGCCGACAAGGCGAAAGCUGCGGACGCGGGCGCGGGGGUCGAAGACAAGCUCAUGAGUGCGAUGACGGCGGCGAACAAGCCCGCGGGCUCGAAGAACGGGUUCGAGCAGGAAUUGCCGAUCUGGUUGCUCAAGGUUAAGGGACGCUUGGGGAAGUUGGCUAAGGAGGGCUGUGUGGAUGAGAAGGUUGUGGGCGUGGCGGUUGGCGAGGUGCCGGAGGGGGUGCAGGUGCCUACUGAAGGGGAGUUGAGAGCGCAAUUGGAGAGCUUGAAAGGUGGAAAAGUUGUGGGAAGCCAGGAUGGUAUUGUUGCUGGUGGGAAGGAGAGUGCUGGCGCUACUGCUGCUGCGAAGACGCCUGCGCCUGCGCCUGCGCCUGCUCCUGCGGCGGCGGCCACUGCUGCGGAGAAGGUCCGCCAUGAGUGGUACCAAUCGCAAGACCAGGUGGUCGUGACGCUCUAUAUCAAGGGUGUUCCCAAGGAUCAAUUGGACGUGGAUCUCAAGAGUGACUCGGCCUCUUUGCAGUUUCCCCUCUCCUCCGGUGCUCAGUACGAUUUCACCCUCGACCCUCUCUUCGCUCCGAUCGAUCCCUCCACCUCCAAGGCGACUGUCAUGUCCACCAAAAUCGAACUCGUCCUCCACAAACAGACCCCCGGCCAGAAAUGGAGUGCCCUCGAAUCCACCUCGUCGACGAUUAAGCUCGCGGAUCGCCAGGCUGCGACAGCUGCUGCCACCGCCUCCUCAACGACCGCCGGCAACCCCCGCACAGCAUCUGGCCCAGCAUAUCCGACUUCCUCCCGCCAUGGCGCCAAAGACUGGGACAAGCUCGCCUCCACCCUCACCGCCAAGGCCCGUAAAGGUUCCAAACACGACGACGACAAGCCUGCGGGUGACGAUGACGAUGAAGGGAAUGACUCUGAUGGCGGCGACGCGGUCGAUUCGUUCUUCAAGAAACUGUACGCCAAUGCUGACCCGGAUACCCGGCGCGCUAUGAUGAAGAGUUACAUUGAAAGCCAAGGCACGUCGUUGAGUACGAAUUGGGAGGAGGUCAGCCAGGGGCCGGUGAAGGUAAGCCCGCCGAGUGAUUAAGUCAAGUAUCUCUUAUCCGAGGGAUGCUGUCUCUCUUAAGGCUAUAAACCUCCAGCCCAUGAGCGGUUUAAGGUCUGGUCUGUGAGAGGGCGCAUCAUUUUUUGCCUGGAUGGAAACUACUUCCCUUCGGCGGUAAUCAUGGAGUUUUGCGGCGCGGUUUGCGUUUGAGAAAUUGUCCUUUGGGGAUUACUAGCGGGUGUUUCGAGGUGCAUCUUGCUUCUUCUUGCGUGAAUUAGGGAGUCUGAGGGGGGAUGUACGCUAGCUGAUGGCUGAUGGAUGGAUCUUGUCAUGUUCGCUUGCCGGCUCCCCUGUGAGAGACUGGCUGUAGGUAGGAAGGUGUUGUAACUGCUAAUCUUCUUCAACAUUAAUCUAAAAUGGAUGACGUGAGAC